UCGAUAACAACUUUUCCCUGGGGAAAGUUGUUAUUUAGGAAUAAGUCCUUACAAAAAAUUAUUAAAAUUGAAUUAUUGAAAUCUGACUUUAAACCAGCCACAAUUUGACCUAUGAUAAGAAAUAUCCUAUUAAUAAUACAGGACAUUAACAGGAACACCAUGACCAACAACCAAACCGAAAUAUUGUGUGAGGUGGUGGUGGUGGGGGGAGGUCAAGAUUAUUGGCGUUAUGUGCACUGCCAACCCAAGGCUAAAACGGAGAAACAGAGAAUGAAGAAAAACUCCGUGGAAAACACAAAAAUCAAUUACCACCAACCAAAAUGACCACCAAAACACUUUAAACGCCCGGCAGGAGAUCGGCCAAUCGACCAAAGCGUUGUUGGUCGAAGCAUUUAUGCAGCUGUGCGCUGUGUAAAAGGUCAGUGUGUUGAGCGGGCAGCAAAAGGAGCCCGGCUGCAGAGCUAUUCCUGAAGUAAUAAGAUGCAGUGAUUUUCCGAGUUUUCACUUAAACGGCGUUUGGACGUUGUGGCGAAAGGUGGUCAGUUUUGAGCUAAGGAGAAUACUAAAUAUAUUUGGAAUUUUUUGAAAAAUAAAAGAAAAGUUUUCAAAAUGUCUUGGAAUGGAUUUUUGUUGGUUGGCCUGUUUACCCUGUAUCUGUGGUUCGAUGUGACCCAGGCCGAGGUGAAUUUGAAUAAUCAGCACAAGCUGAGCGGCAUUAUCCAGUGGAAAUAUGAAAAGCGUCCAUUUUGCAAUGCCUUUACGGGCUGUGGCAAGAAACGAACCUCCUCCCAUCCACCCUCCUAUCCGGUGAUAAAACGCAACGACAUCGACGAUAAAAGCUCCUUCGCCAACAACGACUACGUUUCCGAGGGCCUAUCCGAUUUGAUUGACAUAAAUGCCGAACCGGCCGUGGAAAAUGUCCAAAAACAAAUCAUGUCGCAGGCCAAGAUCUAUGAGGCCAUUAAGGAGGCCAGCAAAGAGAUAUUCCGUCAAAAGAAUCGUCAACGCCAACAGCAACAACUGCAAGAAGCCAAUCGUCUCAUGGGCCAGGAUGGGGAGAAAUUGGAUGAAAGUGAAAAUCUUUAGGAGCUGAAAGCCUAAAAUUGUUGAAUUUCCAAAAAUUCUUAAUGGUGAUUGGACGCAAAAAAUUAUAAUAAUUUGAUCGAUCGAGCUGAGGAAUAGAGGCAUGCUGGACUUAUUUUAGAGAUACGAUAAAAAUACGAAACGAAAAUUCCCAAAUUUUGAUUAAACAGAGCGGUUUAUUACUAAUUAUUACUAAUUAUGAAAUAUUGUAAAAUAAAUUAACAAUUGCAAGAGUU